AUGAGCGAUCAAGCAGACAUUCCACACAUGAACGGGAAACCCGAUGAUUUAACGACUAAAGAUUCCUUUACUUCUAACUCAACUGCAUCUACAGUAAACCCAGAAAUACAUGUCGAACAGGAAUAUACCCGAGUAACCGAUAAAUAUCGUUCUAUGGACCCUAAGGCUUUAGAUCCUCCCACCAUAAUAAGUGACAAUGAUGUCCUACAGAAUUCAGUCUCCUUAGAUGACCCUAUUCAAUUCACUAGAGUUUCAUCUUCAUCGGUUCUGACAGAUUUAUCCUCGACAGAUGGAAGUACUCAAGACUUAAAACAGUUCAAUAUACCAAAUCGAAGAGCUUCUAUCCAAGAUGAAAAUUUAAGUAAAGAAGGCGGUGAAACCCCAAGAACGGAGACUAAAACGAAUGUGUCAACCGUUACACCAACUUAUGCAGAAUCGCAUGAAGUUUCCACCAUAGACGAUAAUACGAAUUCGACGAUACGUGUCUCAGAAUCGGAUAGGAACAUAAAUAGUACUAUAAAUGAGACAUUUACAACAAAUGAUAGUACUGGUGAUUUAAACGAUACUAUUAAGCUAAUGGAUUCUCCGGCUUUCCAUUCUUCAAAUAUUACAGAACCAAGAUCAAGUACGCCCUUAUAUUCACAAUCACCAAGCUUACCAAAGAGCUCUUCAAAACCUAUAUCUAAAUUCUCAUCGGUUAAGAAGCCAAUGACACCUGUAAGUAAUAGUACUAGUAAUAGCACACCUAUGGUACCUAAUAACAAUAAUAAUAUACGUUCAUCGCCGCUGAUGAAAUCUAGUAAGAAGGUUUCGGGAACAUUAUCGAGCAAUACUAGCUCCAAGAUAUCAUCUGCACCCUCUUCGAAAACGUCCUCGACUACUUCUUUCCAGGGAACAACAGAUGCAACAAAAUCAAGGAGUAGCAGUAGUAGUCUUGUCAAGGGAGUAUUUUCAUCAUUUGUACAAAAUAUUAAAAGAACUUCACAAGGUGACAAGAGAAAAUCCAAUCAUAAUAGUGGACCAUCUUCUGUCAAAAUUUCGACUCCUUAUAAUGCAAAACAUAUUCAUCACGUCGGUGUAGAUGCCAGGACCGGUGAAUACACGGGACUACCUGAGGAAUGGGAAAAAUUAUUGACUUCAAGUGGGAUCUCUAAGAAGGAACAACAACAAAAUAUGGAUACUAUAAUAGAUAUAGUGAAAUUCUAUCAAGAUGUUUCUGAUGCUACCGGAGAGGAUAAAUUAAUCAAUACUUUUAAACUUCCAGAUACUUCUGACAGGAAAAAUGAUUUUGGAUCACGCUCAAGUUCAAAUUCCACUGUACAAAAAUAUGAUCUGUCAGGUCCUGCGACCCCUAUCCUUGGAUAUGAAUCACCAAGACAACAAUCUCGAACAUCAAUUCAAUCUUCACCAAAGAAAAAUAAUUCAAGAGAUAUCGGGACUCCAAAACUAACAAAUAAUGAUAAAUAUAUCCCAAGUAGGCCUGCACCAAAACCACCAGGGAAACCUUCCUUGGGGUCUAAUGCUUCUUCUCCAUUAAUAAGACAAAAUUCAAUAGUGUCUCCUAUAUCCACACCGACCAUUGGAAGGCAACCGAGUCGAUCUUCAUCACAAAUACAAACACUAAAUAAAAAGGAAAAACAACCAUUACCUCCAUUACCUCCACCAACUCUUCAACAGAAACAAGAUAAUGAUACCAGUAUUGAAACAAAGAUACCACCAAUCCCUCGAACUGAUAAUACUUUAACAAAUGAGAAAAAUAUAUCAAGAGAAGCCUCAAGACAUGUUAGUGAGAAGAAAAGAAUAGAAAGAGAAAAUCGUAAGAGACAACUAUAUGCGAAAUUGGCGGAGAUAUGUUCACCGGGUGAUCCAAGUAAAUUAUAUACUAAUCUAGUUAAGAUUGGCCAAGGUGCAUCAGGUGGUGUUUAUAUUGCCAAUGAUGUCAGUACGAAUGAAUCCAUUGCUAUCAAACAAAUGAAUCUAGAAAAGCAACCAAAGAAGGAAUUAAUAAUUAAUGAGAUCUUAGUCAUGAAGGGAAGUAAACAUCCAAAUAUUGUCAAUUUUAUUGACUCGUAUCUUUUAGAUGGUGAUUUAUGGGUCAUUAUGGAAUAUAUGGAAGGUGGAUCCUUAACAGAUGUAGUGACUCAUUGUAUAUUGACUGAAGGGCAAAUUGGUGCUGUUUGCAGAGAAACGUUAUCAGGCCUUCAAUUCCUUCAUUCCAAAGGUGUGUUACACAGAGAUAUUAAAUCUGAUAAUAUUUUAUUAUCAAUUAAUGGUAAUAUUAAAUUGACAGAUUUCGGGUUUUGUGCACAAGUUAAUGAAACUACUUUGAAAAGGACUACGAUGGUUGGUACUCCAUAUUGGAUGGCACCGGAAGUUGUCUCGAGGAAAGAAUAUGGUCCCAAAGUAGAUAUUUGGUCACUAGGUAUUAUGAUUAUUGAAAUGAUUGAAGGUGAACCUCCAUAUCUAAAUGAAACACCACUAAGAGCCUUAUAUCUAAUUGCUACAAAUGGUACCCCUGAAUUGAAAGAACGAGAAAAAUUGAGUGAUGUGCUGAAACAUUUCCUUGAUUGGUGUUUAAGUGUAAAUCCAGAUCAAAGAGCUUCAGCGACAGAACUUUUAGAAGAUGUCUUUAUAACGGAAUAUGCUGAUGCAAAUGAAUCAUUGGCACCAUUAGUUAAGUUGGCACGUAUGAAAAAAAUGGAUGAUGAUAAAGAUGAUGAAUUUGAUUGA